AUGGCGGCGGCGGGCCCGCUCUUCUGCAACGCCUGCUUCCAGAAGCCGCCCCCCCGCGGGGCCGCGCCCGCCAUGGGCCUCACCAGCUGCGGCCACGUCGUCUGCCGGCGGUGCCUGCCCACAGAUUCAAAAGAUGUGUGUGUGAUAUGCAGAGUUCCUUGUCGAAUAAUAAUGCUCUCAGAUGAGAUCAAUUCAGAUAUAAAGUCACUGUUUAUGAGGAUAGAUGGGUUAUGCAAAAAAUACUCCACAGAAGUCUCGCAGAUUUCACAGUUCCAGGAGAAGCACAGAGGGCGCUUAUUAACUUACUACAGAGGAAAGAUUGCAAAAUUGGAAGGAUGCUGGAAAGUAGCACAGCAAAGGCAUCAUAGACAACAUCAGCAACAUCUGAAGUCUCAUCAGGAAGCAACUCCGGUUCCAUCUACUGUUUCAGUAGAAACACCAGUUUCUAAAAAUCAGAAUGAGUAUACUUCCUAUUUGCUUCGUCCCACUCAUGUAUCAACAACUGAAAAUAGAAGGAAUCCAUCAAUGGAAGUAGAUUAUGUGCCAACUUCAGUGAGAAAAAUUGAAAGAGUGGCUAGACCAAGAAUAUCAUUGAUAAGCCCACCUCAGAAUGGACAUAUGGGUAGUAUUUCCAGCAGAAGUUCUCGAUUGUCUGGAAUGGCUUUUUGUCAAAACAGUACAUCAGAGUCUGUAAGGUCAACACCAUUAAGAAUGCCAAGUAGAGAAACUCCUUGUGUAUCCCAGAUUGGAUCAUCACAAAAUAAUAAAAUGUACAUGUUGGAUGCUUUUGGAUUGGGAACUCUUCAGCAGUAUCGGCGCACACCAGCAUCUUCCCUCUCAGGUGUGACAAAAUACCCCAUCAGCCUUGCUGAUCUUUUACAAAAGCAACAUUUAGGGGCCACUAGUCUUGGAUAAAACUUAUUGCAAAAAUAAAUGCACUUGAAAAUCCUGUUCAGUGGAAAGAGAAGUUUACUGCUGUAUGUUUUAAAAUGUAUAUAAAAAGUAUAUAUAUAAAGAGGCUCACUACUGUAAACUAUCCAGUUUUAUUAAAAACUAUUUUCAGAGAAACCGUUUUCAUUAUUGCUAUUUUAUUGUGUGUUUUUCAGAGAAAACAGAUAGUGCUAAAUUUUGCCAUUAUCAGAAAGCUUCACCCCACUAUAAUGUGCAAUCAGAAGCUGUAAUGAAUUGUUAACACUUUGACCUUGGCCUUGUGCAGUGCCAGGUUGAGGGGGGUUGCGGGGGGAGCCCAGUUCAUGGUGCUGGUUGUGAACAUUGAAGGCCUCCACAGUCUAACGGCUGUGCCCUUACAGGAAGUUGCCUGGCUGGCACGAACCAGAGUUCAGGCCUUCUCCGUUGUCGCUUCUUGAAUCCAUGGAGGUCCUGCAGGGCCAUUUUAUCUGCCAGAACUUUCAGUGGGGUAUAAAUUGAAUGUAUUUUUUUGCAACGAGCGAGUCCUUUAGUGUUUUAUUUUGUUGACUUUAAAUUGUGAUGUUUUUAAUCAUGAUUUGCAAGCUGCCUCGAUCCAAUAUAUAAAUAAACAA